GAUACUUCUGAUACUACAGUACUGACACACCCAAGUCGUGUUUUCGAUGCUAAUGUAUCUGUUUCGGUCGGAACGUACGGUACCUUUCUCCUUUCAUUCCCAUUGAGAAGAUUGACGAUGAGCUGAUUUUGAAGUGGUAAUCAAGCACAAACCACUCUUGCAAUUGGCAAAAGCUCUACCACCAGAGACGGUCUAGUGAUCAGGAGACUAAAAUGUCCAGCGAGCAUCAGCAUCAGCAUCAGMAKCAGRAGCAGACGCAGAAGAAGGAAGCACACACCAACGAUGCCGAAACCGAAGCCGAAACCACGUCGCACUACGACAGAGACGAAGAAUACCGCCUCGCGCAACAAGCCGCAUCGGAAGCAGUAAUGAUCGGCCGAGAAACGCUUGCGAUGGCCGUGCGUCAGGGUGAACAACUAGAGAACGCAGAAACUAUGGCGGACGACACGGAUUACACGCUGGACAAGGCCAAUCGCUUGCUGCGCGGGAUGACCUGGUCGGGAUGGCUGGCAAACAAGUUCAGCAAGGAGGUGGAUUCGCCCGGGUACAAAACCAGAAAUGGCAACGGCAACGGAGACAGCGCCGGAGAAAGCAUACUGGGGCCACCCAGGGUGUACGAAAGGAUACCGGAGCCGUGCCGGGACGCGGCACAGGCCGUGCAAAACUACCACCUCAACCUGCAGGUCCUGGAACACUGCGAGACGGAGGAACAAAGGGGAACCUGUCGGUUGAUCUGCGACAACAUGCACAAGCAGGCGCGCCUCCACAUCACAGAGGUUCUGACCGGUGCCGCAGCCGGGAGCAGCGACGCCGCGUUCGGCGGAGGAACCAGCGGGGACACGGGCGUCCUCGCGGACGACGACCAAACCGAAUCCUUUGCCCUCCGGCUACAGGAGGAGGCGCAGAAGCUCCGGGAGCGGCAAUUGGUGCUACAGCAUAGGCCGCAGGAACAAGAGGGGGCGACCGGGACUACGGGCGACGACAGGACCGAACUCUUUCGCGGCUCUGCUGGGGGGAGCAGCACUGCCAAGCUGUUGUCGUUCACCGACAAGAUCUCGGUACAGCAAGACAACCACCUGAACACAAUGGCCCAGCGCCUACAGGAGCUCGGGUCUCUGGCGGGAAACCUAAACAUUUCUCUUCAGCAGCAAUCCGAGGUUCUCGAUUCCCUCGACAGCAAGAACGACACGCUGCAGUUCAAGGCAAACGCAAUGAACCGGAGAACGGAGCGGUUCCUCAAGGACAAGUCCUGGGGGCAGCAAAAGCCCGACUUUCUACACUAUGCCACGAUCCAGCACAAGGCCUCCGGUCGCUACCUUUCCGUGGCCCCGAACAACAACUCGACGGUGGUGCUGUCGGGCGUCCUCAACGAGCGAUGCGUCUUUGGGAUCUACCAGAAGAAACGGGUCCUCGGGCUGCAAAACAAGUUCAGCAGGCGGUGGGUGGGACAAAACCUGCUGGGCCAGCUGGCUUGUUCCGCUUCUGCUUUCCAGCGCCGCGAGGAAUGGGAGGCCGAGGGCGGCGAUUGGUCCGACACGACCCUCCUGGUCGUUUCGGCGGGCUGGGGCACCGGCGGCUAUCUGUUGCUGGACGGCGAGGGCGGGGGCACGCUCCCCAUCAUCGGCGGGGGCGACAUGCCCACCAAAAACAGGGCUCCGAAGUGGUGCAUCCGCGAGUUUGAUCGCACGCGCAACGCCUAACCAAUCCAGCGCCGUCCUACGGCCGACCCGCCCCRCCGGAUUGGAUCGUGAAACAUGGAGCCCGAAGCUGGCACGAGACACAAAAGUUGUGCUAGAUUGCCAAUCGGAGCAGCACCGCAAGGAAACAMAAUUCGAUGUGACUGCUUCGUGAUUGUUUGCUUUGUCGGCUUGCCGGAAAUAUCUUCGGUGAAAUAUUGCACGGCUGUUCAAGCAUUCGAUAGUAAAAAAUGCGUCUUACU